AUGGCGAGCGCUCAAGACAUGGAAGAGCAGCUUCAACAAAGCGUCAUGAUUUCAGAAGAUGGAGCGUUUGAGUCCUCUUCGUCUGGGCUGGGUACUGCGAAUACAAUCUCGCCAAACGGUGACGAAGAGAUGAGCGAUCGCGACGCAUCCGGAGAAGAAAUCGAAGAGGGGGAUGAGGACGCCGAAGGAGAGGAAGACAAUGAUCUUAUCCAACAACAAAUAAACGCGGGACACCAAUCGAUAGUAGCCAGCGCAAAGCCCCCGAGCGACGACGACGAUGAAGUAGAAGGAGAAGACGAAGAAGAAGAAGAAGAACGGGAGGAAUCUGACGACGAUGAUGGUGUCGACCUUGUCAAGAUACGACCCGACUCGGACGGCGAAGGCGAUAGCGAAGCUUCCACGCACGAGAGUGAGGCUGAAGAAGAUGAAGGGGCAGCCGCUUGGGAGGAUGAAGCAAACGAAGAAGACGAAGAAGACGAGUCUGCCGAAAGUCCCAGCAAUGCUUGCAUUUUCUGUAAGCAAGAUGAGGAAAAUGACCCAAGCGAAGACUUUGAAGCAUAUUUAUCGUGCAAAAGAUGUGGCGAUCAUUCCCACCAGCAAUGUGCUCGUGAGGCUGCGGCAAUGACGGAAGAUAAUGCCGCGCAAAACUGGAAAUGCCCGGAGUGCGUUGACAAAUCAUCCGAUGAAGAAGACGAUGCUGAAGUAGGAAGCGUCGCUGCCUCUGAUGCAAAGGGAUCCCAAGCAAGUGACGGUACAGGCACGGGCACUCGGGCAGGGCGCAAGAGAAAAUCGUCGCCCCUACAAGAUGAGGAUGAGGAUGACGUGAUUACUGUUCGCAAGCGCCGGCGGAACAUCUCUGUCGACGCCAACUCAGCACAAGAUGGGAUAGAGGGCAACGAGCCGAUGCGGAAUCGCACUGCGAGACAGAAGAGCACUCGACAGUCUCUGGUUUCAGUAGAGAAACGCUCGAGACACUCUCUAAUCAUGAAAUUUCAGGUUCGACCUGGAAACUUGAAGGAGUUUCUGUCCCGACGGCGCCGGGACCGGAAACGUCCCAGCACUACACGACCGGUACGGCCAAUUAUACAGCAAGCUUCUUCGGCAGGCUUCGACGUGCCAAUAUCGGCUAUGCCCACACCAUUCAGCUCUGAUGUUUACUCCCAACCCUUCUAUUCUUUCUUUGACAAAGAGACAGACGAAGUGAAGGGCAAGCCAUACGGUGGUAUCCUGACUGAGGCGGAAGCUGAUACGUCCAAAACGUUCCCCACGUCUGACGACCGCAAAAGAUUUGACAAGGCGAAGCAGCAAGCGGAAGAUGAGUGGCGAGCUCGUGUGCUUGCAAUGCAAGCUGAACAAGACAUGCCUGUUCGGCGUCACAAGAAGAACAGUGAGCAUGCAAGCCAGAUUGAAUGUAUCGAGUUUGGCGGCUGGGAGAUUGAAACUUGGUACGCGGCACCGUAUCCAGCAGAGUACAGCCGGAAUCGCGUCCUCUACAUUUGCGAAUUCUGCCUCAAGUACAUGAACUCGGACUAUGUCGCUUGGAGGCAUAAGCUGAAAUGUGGUACCAAGCACCCGCCUGGCGAUGAGAUUUAUAGGCACGACUCUAUCUCGGUAUUUGAAGUGGAUGGUCGCAAACACCCGGUAUAUUGCCAGAAUCUUUGUCUUCUAGCAAAGCUAUUCCUUGGCUCCAAGACACUCUACUAUGACGUAGAGCCGUUUUUGUUCUACGUCUUGUGCGAGUACGACGAUUGCGGAUAUCACUUCGUCGGCUAUUUUUCUAAGGAGAAGCGAGCAAGCAGUCAGAAUAACGUCUCGUGCAUUCUAACCCUUCCGAUUCACCAACGUAAAGGCUACGGCAAUUUGCUGAUUGACUUUUCCUAUCUUCUUACGCGAGUCGAGCAGAAGACUGGAUCGCCGGAAAAGCCGCUCUCUGAUAUGGGCCUGGUGUCUUACCGAAACUACUGGCGGCUCCGACUUUGUCGUUAUUUCUUAGACAUUGUGGAAUCUGGAGAAUUCAAGACCAACGGAUUGAGCAUCAAGAAAAUGUCGGAUGACACCGGUAUGACGCCCGACGACGUCAUAUCUGCACUUGAGGGUCUCAGAGCUCUUGUCCGUGAUCCCGAAACUAAACUCUACGCCUUCCGGAUAGACUUGGAAUAUUGUCGCAACUAUUGGGAGAAGUGGGACAGCAAAGGCUACGUCAGGCUCAAAUCCGAGGCGUUGGUCUGGACUCCAUACGUGAUGGGUAGAUCCAAUGCCGUUAAUUUCGAAUUCGGACCACCCAUCAACGCGAUUGCCCCCCGCGAGGACGACGAAGCCAAAAUACUAGAAGGGCCAAAUAGAGUCGGCACUGACAAAUUGCGGCAGACUAAUGGAGAUGAUGCCCAUUCUACUGCCGACCAAAGCGAACCCGAUCCGGGCCCAACAGCAUCCAUAGAAAAAGCUGAAUCCGAGGAAAAGCCCAUCAAGUCUGAGGAUGAGGUGAUGAAGGACGCGGACGAGCCAAGUGUGCAGACGUGGGAUGCUGCCUACAAAGACAUCCCGGCCACUCGAUUCGAAGUCUUUCCUGCUGUUGGCGGAGCUCGUCGAGACCGCAACCGGCGACGCUCGUCAACCAAUAACGGCGUUCCACGAAAACGUGGCCGCCCGCCGCUGAGCCGUGUGCGGAGCACCUCCUCUCGUCGAAAAGGCGGCGGCACAGGUCGCGGCCCGGGCCGAUACCCAAAGGGGACCAGAAAGUCAGACUAUGGCAACGCAAACAGUGGUCCGGGUCUGCCACCCGGCUGGCGAUCUGUGACGGCUGAUGCCAAGGCCAACGGCGACGAGGCCGGCGCGGCUAUCGAGGAGGAGUCGGCGCAGGACGAGGUGCAGGUUCAGCUGCUGACUUCCAACGAGGGAGCUGCCGCCGCCGCAGAGGAAGAGUCUGGCGCGGACCAAGAGGACGAGGAAGAGGCGCAAGAAGCGGAGGAUGAUGAAGAGGAGGAGGAGGAAGAAGAAGAAGACGGAGAGAGAGAAAGCGAAGGGCGUGACGAUGUAGCGAGAGAGGUAGAGGCAGAGGCAGAAGCAGAAGAGGAUGAGGAUCAAGAAGCUCAAGAAGAGGUCGACGUCGACGCCUCUGGCGAGGAAGAAUGA